ACCUUUCUCAGUAAACUGACAGAUGGUAUUUUUCUUUCUCUUGAUCACUGUUCACUGUUUUCCUCAUUAGCAUGUCUUUAUUCCUUCAAAUGCACUUUCCACUCUCUUCGCCAACAAGCAUUUCCCCUGUUACUAUUCAAUGUGCAGCAGACAUCCUGGAGUCACACCAAAAGAAGAGAAACAGGAACUGGUUGCAGACCUGGCCCUGAUUUGAGGUGAAUGAAGCAAUAGCUUUCCUGGAUGAAAAGAUUAUGGAAGGAAUGGGUUAAGGAUCUCUGUCCAGUAUGCUGAGAUGGAAGGAUUCAUCAUCCACAGCUACGUCAAGUUUUUGAGCAAACGGGAAGAUCUGUAGAUCUUAUUGGGGUAGUGCUACUCUCUUGGAACUUGGAGAGUUUAUUGCUGUGGGCUUGGCAGUCAACAUGCUUAGUUUCCUUGUGAAGAAAGUGGCCAUGCCCACUCUCCUGGAUCCCAAACUCUGCUGCCUCCUUCUAAACCUCUGUUUUUGCACAACAUCUUGGCCUCAAGGGGACAAUUGCCCGAGCUCUGAGUGGAGUGUCAUGUGUCGUCCAUGUUGUGAGUACCACCUGAUCCAGUGUCGCUGUCCCUCAAAAGGGUCAAGGGUUGGCUACACUGUUCCCUGCUGCCGCAAUGCUCUGGAUCAGUGUGACCCCUGUAUCAUUCAUCCAGGCUGCAGUCUGUUUGAGAACUGUAAAACCUGCCACAAUGGAACCUGGAAAGCCAAUGAUGACUUCUUCGUCAAUGGAAAGUAUUGUACAGACUGUCGCCAAGGCUGGAGUGGUGGGGACUGUAAAACAUGUGGAGGCGUCAUUCAGCGGGCUCAGGGUCACAUCGCCCUGGAGAGCUACCCAACGAACGCCCGAUGUGCAUGGACAGUUCAAGUGGAGAGGGACAGCAACAUCGAUCUGAGGUUUUCACUGCUUAGCCUGGAGUCUGACCAUAACUGUCGUUAUGACUACGUCGAGGUGCGUGAUGGCUACAGCCUGAGUGCCCCUGUGAUUGGCCGGUUUUGUGGAGAUCAGCUGCCUCCCCCAAUAAGAAGCACUGGGAACUUCUUGCACAUCCUGUUCUCUUCAGAUGGCUACAACAACUUUGAUGGCUUUGUUCUUACCUUUCAGGAGAGUUCAGCCAUCAAGAAUCCAGUGUGUGCGCCCCCCGAGAAACCAGUGAAUGGAUAUUUGCUGCCUGUAUAUGGCCCAAAGGGGGUGCUUGUUUCUGUAAACUACGGGUGCCAUCCACCUUUCACACUGAUUGGUUCCCAGGAGAGGAUCUGUCUGCCUAAUGGCACAUGGAGUGGUGCAGGUCCCACAUGUGUAAAAGGCCAAACAAGCAGAGUCCGGUGUUCCCCUCCACCCAAACUGAUCAAUGGAUACCACAGACCUGCUGCUGACACAGCUGAAGGAGCAGAGACCAUUGAGUUUUUCUGCAAAAAUUCCUACAUUCUGAGUGGAAACCACCAGCGUACCUGCUUCUCUAAUGGAUCCUGGAGUAGCAGGCCACCAAAGUGUGUGAAAGCAUGUCGAGAGCCCAAAGUGUCUGAACUUGUGCGACAAAGAGUGGUGCAGCUGCAUUUAAGAGAGAAUCCAGGCCAAAGACUCACAUCCCGGUACAGCAUGCACGAUUUGGUUUCAGCUGGUUUUAUUCCUCUUAGACUGGAUAAACAGUCAAGCACAGGCGACACCGUGGACCUUCCUCGUGGUUUUCACCCAGUCCACACGAUCAUUGAGUACAAGUGUGCCUCCCCACUCUACAGCCACACAGGAAGCUCCCGACGCACCUGUCUGAAAACUGGCAGAUGGAGUGGACGCCAUGUUUCCUGCUCACCAGUUUGCGGUAAAUUUGCCAGUUUCAGUCUCCACAACCUCACAGACACUCAGUGGCCGUGGCAUGCAGCCAUCUAUAUCCGCUCACCACCCGAUCAGACUACCAGCACACAAACACCCCGUGGAAUAACUGUGUCUAUCCAGCAGGGGGCCUCAGAGGAGUCCACAUUCUGGCACCUGGCCUGCAGCGGUGCUCUGCUCACCCAGCGUAGCGUCCUGGUGGCAGCUCAGUGUAUGGUAGACAAGGACAACCAGCAGACCCUUCACCCAACACAAGUGAAGGUUGUCAUAGACGUGGAGCACCAGACAUCCAAGGAUCGGCUGAAAAGCCUGCACCACCUAAGGGUUUCAGAUAUUUUAGUCCAUCCAAAUUUUUACUCUACACCAGACUCCGGCGUGGCUGUGCUCAAAAUGAAAGACAAGGCCAAGAUUAGUGAGCGUGUGUUGCCGGUGUGUCUCCCGAAAGUGCAAGGAGGAGAGGUGACAGCGCAGGAAGCUUUCACUGCGAGGUGGAUUUUGCCAAACAAUUACAGGCACUUUAACCGCUACACUCCCUUGAGCCAGACGAAACUUGUUGAGUUGGGUGAUGUUGCACAAUGUGAAAGAGAAUUUGCUCAAGGAGCAGCACGUACCACAGUCAUCAGUGAUAGUACACUGUGUGUCAUUAGGAAGCUGGCCAGUCUUCAAAGCCCUUGUCCCAGUGUUGUUCCAGGCAUCACAGUCAUGCCAACUGUGUUUUCAUCUACAAGUGGUGUCUUGCCGGGUCACAAAGACUCUCAGGAAGCCUCUAGCACAAGCUGGCAGCUUCUUGGUUUAGAGAGUUUCAGCUAUAAGGAAAAGAACUGCCGCCAAAAGACUCACACUGCUCAGACACGAAUCGCCAACUUUCGAGACUGGAUAGAGAAGAAUAUGAAGUAAUUCAAUAUCUCAUGUAAAGUGGAUUUUAAGCAAUUUAAGUCUUAAAUGGUCAUCAUCUCCAGUUUUGCAAAGCUCUCGCUUAGUGGAAAUGGAUAAGCAGUAAGAACACUUGUGAUACACCAUAUAGACAAACAUAUUGGGACAACCAACCAUUACACCAACAGGGACCUUAAUGACAUCACAUUCUAUAUACUUAGACAGUGUUUCUGUGGGA